CUGCGUUGUCGGAGGACGACUCGGCGCUCUGUUUACUCUCUGCGCGUCCAAAAGUCAUGAGCGAACAAACAUGCGGUAUUUGUUCGUUCAGUCUGUCAAGUCUGCGCCUCUGUAGCAAAGAACUGACUGUGGCCGUGGAGUGAUUUCAAUAGGAGCGCAGAGGGACUAUAAACGGGGUGAGUGAGGUGUUGAAGGUUUGGAGUCAAGUGGACCAUCACACUGUCACCCUCGAGUCUCCUGGGCAGCCCUUCUGAUCCGCUGUCAAAAUGACCUCACGACGGGGAGACAUGCCAGCACUUGAGUCUAGCACAUCAUCCGGUCUCUUUGGCGCCUUUUCGGCUCCCAUUGGAAUGACUCGCCGCAAUGUAAGCUAUGAUGAGCUAAUGGACGCCGUCAUGCAUUCACCACCUCCAGACCUGUCUGUCAACAUCUUGUGGAAAAACCCUAUCAUCCCUCAGCACAAGUUCAGGAAGACUGGAGAGGUAGGCGAGGUGGAUGGGAAGUUGCUGACUUUUGAGGCAGCAUCGGCAGUCAAGUCCCCGGUGCCUGUUGUGAAGACCAACGCCUCUUCUUUAAUGAGCACACUAAUGAUCAAGCAGAACCAUGAGAGCCUCCAGAAGUUCGAGCACCAGGCAGGGCUCACUGAUGCCGGGUAUUCUCCCCACAAGGGGCUCUCUGCUGAGGAGACACACUUUCACCGACUGGGCGACGGCACAGUGCCAAAGUUGAGAAUGCCAAGCGGGGACUUCAAGGAGGAAAGGUGUACAACAUCAACACAAUCCACCCCUUCCGUCACCCCCUCCGUCACCCCCUCCGUCACCCCCAGUGUUACUCCCCACACAUCACCGGCUGUUAGUCGCAGGAGCUGGUUCCAGCUGAGUCCUGCACAUUUGCUUGCCACCCCAGAGCUUAAUUGUCCAAACCCCAGCAUAGACAUGGGGGGAAAUGAGGGAGGCGGAGGAGGAGGAGGUGGAGGAGAAAGGUGGAGCUUCUUUGGAACUCGAUCUGUGGUACAGAAGUCCCCCACUGACCCAGGCUGUGAAACCAGCACAGGCUUACUGCAGUCCUAUUUCGGCAUGCAGAAGUCCUCUACCAUGGAUGGCACCAACACCCAGGUCAACUUCAAGCUGGACGACCCUGCCAAUUUCAUGCCCCCCAAGAUGGAAAUCUCGGGUAUUGAAGCCAAGCAGGCACCCACACGGCCACACAAACUUAAACCUCGGGACAUGAAUGUUUUAACACCCUCGGGCUUCUGAAGACAGACCAGCUGUGUAGUAACAUCUUUAAAAAAAACUAUUAAAGAUAUGGUAUCAACUAUAUCUGUAAUAGUUUUUUUUCUCCGACUGGUUGCUCACUUGCUUUCGUGUCCACCUUUGUCCCCUCUGAGAGGAAGGUGAGAGGAAAGAAGAACACCUUGUAGUAUUAGUUCAUCAGCCCCAGAGUCAACCCCGCACUGUUACUCCUCCCAACAAACCUACUCGGAUGGAUUGCCAUCUUAUUUUAGUCCACACCAUCCCCUUCCUAUUUCCAAAUAAAACAUCAUAUGAAGUAACUUCACUUGUCGUCCUUAAAGGUAGUAUUGCUUUGUAGUAUUAUUGUUGUUCUGUCACAGAUUGGGUGCAUUGACAUGCAUUGUCUUGGUGUCCUUGUUCCAUUGGCAUAAGAUGGAAGUUGUUGAAAUAUGUUGUCAGUCCUUUGCUCAAGCUAAUCACUUAAGCAUUGCCUCUCAUAAAACUGACCAGCUAGUUCAAUUAAGCACACAGAUGUGUAGUUGUGUCGUCUUUUCUUCAGUUAGCAUGCUCAGUAUAGUCUGGGAUUACUGAUAUGUGCCUAAACUUGCAGCAUGUUUGCUUUUGGCAUUGUUGCCAUCAAAGUACAGCUUUUUUUUAUUUUUUAGUAUUAUUAUUAUUAUUAUUGUAUGGAAGCGCAUCUUAUUUUACUUUGAGUAUGACUGAUGACCUGAAGUGAUGUUUUAUUUAAUUUUUUUGUAAUCAUUUCACCUUCAGCAUUUUCAUAUUGUUCUACAUUAAAUCAACAUUGAUUCUAAAUAGUAGUGUAUUGAGGUUUAUCCUUUUUUUUUUAAUGCAUCAAAAUAAUGUUCAACAUGCUAUGAAAAUACAGAGCAUUAAAGUGCUCAUUUUCUAUUUUGCAUUUCCUGUAUCGCAAUUUAAGAAUCCAUGCUGUUUUUAUUUGAAAAAGUUGAUGAAUUCCAAUAAGUAAAUGCACAAGGGAGAUAGUCUCCCACUUACAUCUGUAAAUAAAUCUGAUGAUAACAAGCACAA